AUGCUGUCCUGCAGCUGGCUUAUCCACUUUACUCACAAUCCUGUCCCCAUUGUGCUGUUCUGGCUUCUCCUCUUUACCCACAAUACUGUCCCCAUCGUGCUGUCCUGGCUUGUCCACUUUACCCACAAUACUGUCCCCAUCGUGCUGUCCUGCAGCUGGCUUAUCCACUUUACUCACAAUCCUGUCCCCAUUGUGCUGUUCUGGCUUAUCCACUUUACCCACAAUACUGUCCCCAUCGUGCUGUCCUGGCUUAUCCACUUUACCCACAAUACUGUCCCCAUCGUGCUGUCCUGGCUUAUCCACUUUACCCACAAUACUGUCCCCAUCGUGCUGUUCUGGCUUAUCCACUUUACCCACAAUUCUGUCCCCACUGUGCUGUCCUGCCUUGGGUCGGCGUCCUGCUGCGUUCCUCCCCCACAUCAGCUGAGAUGCACCUUUCCGGCCGCCCCGCCUGCCACCACCCGGGCGCUGAUUGCCUGCCGCUGUCGGCAGGCCAUGUUUGCCGAGGACUUACUUUGGGAGACCGACACCCCCGACCUGACGCAGACGAUGCCAGGCGUGGCCGCGGCCAAGGAUAUGGACGUAGACGACCCGAUUGAUGACUGCGAUUUCUCGGAGGAAGGCGACGACAGUCCCGAGGGAGAGGACGAGGACGACUCGGAGGCGGCUGAAGGUGACGACGGCAGCGAUGAUGUCGGGAAGAAGGGUUACACGCUGCGGGUGAGGAAGGGUUCCAAGAAAACGGAUUCGGAGGAGGAAGCCGCUCCCAACACUCCCAAGAAGAGAGGUCCGAAAAAGAAGCGCAUGACAAAGGCGAGAGUUGUCAAGUUCAAAAUGCGGAGGUCCAAGGCCAACGCUCGUGAGAGGAACCGCAUGCACGGGCUGAACCGCGCGCUGGACAGACUGCGCGAGGUGCUGCCCUGCUACUCUAAGAACCAGAAGCUGUCUAAGAUCGAGACGCUGAGGCUGGCGCGGAACUACCUGUUCGCGCUGACGGACAUCCUGCGCACCGGCAGCGUGCCCGAUAACGUCACGUUCGCGCAGACGCUGACCAAGGGCCUGUCCCAGACCACCACCAACCUGGUGGCCGGCUGUCUGCAGCUCAACCCCCGCACUCUCCUACCGGAGAAGGACAUCGACCCGCUCGCCUACAUGUACCACAGCCGCCCGCCGCCGCUGGACCAGGCCUACGGGACCGGCGACUGCCAGUUCACGGCGCCGGCCUACGGACUGCCCCUGCCGGAAAGGGACAUGUACCCAGCACAAGUGUACAACGGUGCUGCCGACGUGCCGCAGACAUACCCCACCCCUCCGUCUAGUGUUGACGAGCCCUACCGAGCUUCCAGCGAUGACCCCGCGGGCCUGAGGGGCCCUCCCUCCCGCCUGGAGGCACACGGUCCCCCGCCCGUCAGCUCGGCCCCGCCGCUGCCCUUCCCUACCCCCUCCCAGUCCCUGGCGGCGCUGGAGGAGACCAUGAAGGCGAUGGUGGGGCCCGCCAAUGCCAACAACUUCCAUGUGCCAAGACACUGCGGGGCUCCAAGUCUCGCGGAACCACAUCUCGCCAUUGCCGAGAAUAAUCCUGACUGUGACCUCACCCUUGAUGACCUGGUGACGUACGACGCACCAAACACUCUCAUGGAGCAGAACUUACACCUGAUGGACACGUCUUCUCGCGAGAUCUUUACUGAGUAGCGAGAGUGCUUCCAUUCAAGAGUGCUCUCGCGAGAUCUCCGCUGUCUUCUCGCGAGAUCUUCACGUCUUCGCGAGUCAUCUCCAUAUUUAUUCUCGCGAGAUCUCUAACGAGGCUAAAAUGGGCCACUUCCAGGAGGAAAAAGCAAUGAACAGGCAACUCGCCCUCUUCAUUUGUAGAACGUUGAUUUUUAACUCUUUCUCUCUCUCUCUCUAUAUAUAUAUAUAUAUAUACACUAGAAGGGACUACAGCUGUCCUAUGACGUAGGUUGGCCCACUCGAUCAUUCCGUGUACCACCACUUUAUAAACGUGGUCCGCAAAAAGGCGGUCUUUCCACUUAGAUGAGAAACAAGUAGUGAACUGAUCAGCUGUACAAACGCAUUGCGUGAACACUUCGGCCAUUUAAACACGGUUUCCUGGCCCUGGGCGAGGUACAAGUCUCCGUCACACUCUGUAGUGUAUAGUGCCAGUCUCAGCCACACUCUGUAGUGUAUAGUGCCUAUUUGCUAGGGGUAUAAAGUUACCUGCAGGGCAGAGGUAGGGAAACAUUUUCUAUGGAACUUUGACGUGAACCGAAAUUGAGAAAGUUACAUCGAUUAUAGACGCGAAUGAACAUUAAUUGCCGCCAGGUAUUUGGGGGCUGUCAGUCAUGUAAGAAGGAAUUCCGCAGCAGACUUGCACGCUCCAGUCCUCACGGGGCGCCCCGCCAGGCUGAGGCAUAUUGGAAGAAGAUGGUGAGCAAUCAAAUAUAGUGCAUCCGACUGGAUUAGGACAAUGGCUGCUAUAAAACAAGUCUAUUGAUUUCCCCAUCAGCACGGCCGGCUGCCUCCCAUCAGCGCAGCUUCACUGGGCAAAUUUCACGCUGCACGAUAACAAAUUUACUCUGGGACGGCACGAGCAGUUCGAUUCUAUUUAGUCCCCAGCAAUCACCGGAGUUUAUCAUGGGGAGGGGGGCAUGCAACAUUAAUGGUGAGGCGGCCCUAAUGGCUCCACACAAAACUAGCUACAGCCGAUCAUGUUAUACAGACUAACACAAACUAGCUACACACAGCAUAUCAUAUAACACAGACCCACACAAAACUAGCUACACACAGCAUAUCAUAUAACACAGACCUACACAAAACUAGCUACAGGCUAUCAUGUUAUACAGACCUACCCAAACUAGCUACAGCCUAUCAUGUUAUACGGACUAACACAAACUAGCUACACACAGCAUAUCAUAUAACACAGACCUACACAAACUAGCUACACACAGCAUACCAUAUAACACAGACCUACACAAACUAGCUACACACAGCAUAUCAUAUAACACAGACCUACACAAAACUAGCUACAGGCUAUCAUGUUAUACAGACCUACCCAAACUAGCUACAGCCUAUCAUGUUAUACGGACUAACACAAACUAGCUACACACAGCAUAUCAUAUAACACAGACCUACACAAAACUAGCUACAGCCGAUCAUGUUAUACAGACUAACACAAACUAGCUACACACAGCAUAUCAUAUAACACAGACCUACACAAAACUAGCUACAGCCGAUCAUGUUAUACAGACCU